AUUGAAUUCCCUUGGCAUUGUUGACUCAUUGCUCACUGGGUGUGACCAGCACUGAAGCUCACUUGGCUGUUUCUGUCUUUCCUUAUCAGUUUUGCUGUGUUGUAAGAAGAGAGGCCACAGUCCAAUAGCACUGGAACAGAGCUGAUCAGUCUGAAAGCAGCAGCAAAGAUGGCGGACCAGCUACAGAAGCUCGUGGCUGAGAGGAAGGACAUGGUGGAGACAGUGAUGGAAGUAUUCGAGCAGGGAGCCGAAGUGGUGGCCAGCAUUGCCGGCGACCUCUUCCCCGUUUUCUCCAUCGCUGCUCCGAUAGUGAAACUGGCUCUGGACAACGUGGAAAGUAAAGAGGCCGCAUUCAUGAAGGACCAGUUCCAGAAGGUCCGCGAGCGCCUGGAGGUGGUGUCUGAGGAGAUUCAGCGGAUCAACGAUGAGAUUAAGAAGAGCGGCGUGGAUGCUGCGUAUUUCUCCGUGGAGGAGAACAUCACCAACCAGUUCAGGAAGUACAUGGACAUCCUCAACGCCAAGCCCAAGUUCCGGGAGGUGAAGAAGAAACUUUUCCUGGACCAUUUCGCAAAGACCGGCGGUGACAAAAACCUGAACACCCUGUACAACGCUGUGACAGGAGAUAACUUCUCGGGGGCAUCUGUGCUGGAGAUCACCUUGAACUACGAAGAGAAGAGCCGCCGGGCGAUGGAGGACUUCUGCGCCCGACUCAAGAAGCUCUUCUGCGUCGGACUCAUUGCGCUGCUGGGCCACGCCGCUCUGAAGGGAUACGACGAAGAGGAGGCACUUCUGAAGGACUGGGGGGAGAAGAUGAAUUCCGUGCAGGCAAGAAUGAACGCUGUUAUUGAAGAGUGCAUCGUCGGAUUCCCCAAACAAGCCGAGCAGGAUUCUCGACGACUGGUGAGAGACCAGUCGCACCUGACCAGUCAGCAGCUAGCUGAUGCCAUCGUAGAGAAACUGAAGAAGAAGUACGACUGGGUGGGCUGGUCCGUGCGUAUUUUCAGGUCACCCUCGGGCCUCUUCGCCAACAAGAAGGAUUACCACUGCCCGACUGGGAAAAGCCGCUUCCAGGUGCCGUCCUCAGACGAGAAGCUCAAUGUCUGGGUGUCCUACAGCUCCUCGGCAGAACCCGUGGACAGGAACCACAUCCAGCAGCUGAUCCAGAGUCAGAAGAAGCUCACAGUGGUGGCUGUGGCGGAGCUCCUCUUUGAGAAGCUGCCUGGCGACUGCGUGGUUCACACAGUCAAGACCACCAAAGAUCUGGCCUGCUCCUGGAGCUUCACCGACGAGCUGCACUACUGGGAGGAGCACAAGAACUUCUACGUCUGCGUUCACUCAGCUUAAAGUGUUAGACGCUGGAAAAACUCUCAGAGAUUAGUCUGUGUUUCGAGGCUACUCACAUUUGCACAGAUAAUUGCAGCUGACUGCUGCCUCACUGCUUGGCCUUAACAGUGAAUUAUGACACAAUAUGUGCCUUAAUCUCAACUCUCUCAUAGCCUUUCUUUUUCUGAAUUAGUCUCUUUCUCACAUAACAUUAUCCGUUAGUCUUUUGCAGACAUAAUUCAUUCAUUCAUUCAACCUUUAUUUAAACUCGGGAGAUCACUGAGGGUCAACUCUCUUUUUCAACAUUUCAAGAAAGAAAGGAAAACAAUGAAGAGAAAAUGUAAAAAAAGAAAUGGUGGCUCCACAUACUA